UUUCUAGAUGGACAGCAGAAAGUGGAAGGACUUGGUGGUGGACAUAGAAAUCUGCACGGCAGAGGGACGGAUAUGGCCAAUUCAGAAGAUGGAUGAGUUGGUAGAUCGAGUGGCGAUGGCGCCUAAGGACUGCCUGGGGCAAGCCAGCAGCUUAGUAUUGCGCCAAGUAGCUUUGGCACGGCACAAAGCUAUGGAGAAGUGGAGGAAAAAGCUAGCACAAGGGCUGCUAGCGGUGCAAUUCCGCCCCCACGCAUGGAUCUGUGACAACGUGGCACAGGUUCCAUCUGGCAGGCAGGCUGUGCGAGCUGAGCCCACGGGGCCCGCUCGUGAUAUAAGAUUGGGCACGGACCCAACUAUUGUGCAGCAUACGUCGUAUGUGGGUCAAUCGAUGGAAGUUGACGAGGCCGUCUUGGAGGGGCAGGCAGGGGGUGACAGCCCGGCUGACGAGCGGGUGUUGGAUACUCCGCCCUUAGAGACACAGGCAGAGUUUAAGGACUCUGGGCUGUGGAGUGAGCAGACAGAGCCACGGAGCUCUGAAGCGCAGUUGGAGCAACCGGGGGAAUCACGGGUUCCCCAAGAAGUGCCGCCGGUGACCGAUCCAGGAGAAUUGGGAACCGGUGGUGAGUCAGAGUCAAGGGCCACGGAGCCUAUGUGUGUUGAGGCAGGCUUGGAAAGCCUUGAAUCCAGAGCACGGCCUCCGGAGCGUAUGGAGUCAGAGUCAGGAGACUCUGUGGCAGUGACGGAAGGAUCAGGGGCACGGGUCUCUGAGUCCACUGACCACGGGUCAGGAUCAGAGGGCCCAGAAUUCCAGUGGCAAGUCAAGGAGUCAAGGCGGAAGGAAUCUCGUGGGCGUAGUCCUGUUAGAGGAGGGGGUGCACAAAGGGGUGCUAGACCAAAGAGGCCCCCGCCACACCCACUAACGGGUUCACGGAACCCGAGAUCACAGGAGCGAGCAGGAGGGUCACGGUACCCUAGUGAGGCUCCGGGGAGUUAUCGAGCUGCACUGAUGGCUCCUCCCGCAGCAAGAGGAUAUUCCAAGAGAGGGGGUAGGCCCACUCACCCUCCUGCCAAAAGGCCACGGCGCCGAUAUGGAAGUGACAGUUCUUGUUCUCCUCAUAGGAGACAAGGGAGUACACAUCAGGGGCAGUCCUCGUGGAAAAGAGUAGAACACCCUUGUGAGGCACGGCCUAAGUAUUGUUUGGCAGGCUGCGGCCAGCCAAUGUCGGAGGAGCAUGCUUUCAAGGAGCAUCUGCCUCUUAUCUUUCAUCCGGAAUUGAGCUCCGCACCAGGGAUCACGGAGCGGAGAGUGGCAGCUCUUCAUUACCUAAAGAAGAGAAUUGUGGGGUCUCACCUGACCCUAGAGAUUUUACUGGAUGCUGCCAGUGUAGAGGACAGGGGUGGCCCUGUUGAUCAAGUGGGCAUAGAUGCCCUUAGAGCGCAUAUGCGGCUUGGAACGUCCAGCCGUAUACCCCAGUUGUUGAGAUGGGAGGUGUUGCUGGAUCUGAUGACCUUGAUCCAGGGGCAGGAGGAAUUCCGCUCGUUGUUUAGCCCAUCGCCUGAGGAGUUGCAGAUGCUGCCUCAGUCGCCAGUGGGGUACGAUUCCCACUGCCAUAUUGACCGGACUCGGACCAAACUAUCCCUGGACGCCAGAGCUGGUUUGAGAGAGAUCCAAGCAGCCGUUCCCACGGUGGAACCUGUGGUGAUCGAUGGAUUCACGGCGAUCUAUUGUGAUCCGAAUACUUACCCCACGGAGGGUGAGAUGGAGGCCAUUAAAAACGAAGGCGGGGUCAUUUCUGUGGGAAUGCACCCUAGGCAUUAUUGCACAUCAACGGAGUGGGCUAAGUUCCAGUCCAUAAUCAACCACCCCUCAGUCACGGCACUGGGGGAGGUCGGGCUGGACAUGUCAGUGAUGCCGUCCAGGUGGGAGGAUCAACUGACCAACCUGGAGGCUGCUCUUCAUUUCCUGGAGCCAACCCAUGUGCUAGUCCUCCACGGGAGAGGCUUAAGCACCAGCACAGAUGCCGACGACGCGGUCUGGCAUAUCAUACUGGACAAACUGAGAGCUGUGGGCGUGGGGACUCGACAGCUAAUCCAUUGUCAUUGCUUUUUAGGUUCCCCGGAUAUGGUGCGGGCUUUUGUUCGCUAUUAUCCGAACACCUACUUCGGCGUCACGGGACGCUUCGCAGAACACGAGGGGCCUGUCAAUGCCAAGGCGCAUGACAUGUUACGAACCUUGCCCCUGGGAAGACUACUCUUGGAGACGGAUGCUCCGUAUUUCAACAUUCAACGGAACAAGUGUUCUACUCCAGCUCUGCUUGGUCACGUGGCCAAGUUAGUGGCGGAGAUCCGGGGAGAGCGAUGGCGAGAAGUGUUGCGCCAGACCAGGGAUAACGCACGGCGUUUAUACCUGGAGAAAAGGGGCCCAGAUGGUUAGAAGGGCAAGGGUGUG